CGCUUCUCCUCUCCUUCACACACCACUCCCUUCUCUAUCUCUUUUUCCAUGGAAAAUUGCACCGAUAACAAAAGGCGACUUCUCAGCGAGUUCGAGGACUCACUAGCCGACUCGGCCGAGUCCAAGCUCAGACGACUUGACUCAUCGGAUUUCACUUCUCUCAAUCCAUGCACCAAGGGGAACUGGAAUGUUGUUCAAGAUUUAGAAUCCGUCGCUGAUUUCACCAUUAAUCUGUCGGAAUCUCACGACAUUCAAGAUGACUUACUCAACAUCCUUGAAGAUUCCGACGUCGUACUAGAGCGUGAUGAGAGUAUUGAAGGUCUUCAACUUGACUCCUUCAUUAGAAGCUUCGAGGAGGAGAUUCAAGCACUACCUUCGGUCAAAACGCCGUCUCAUCAGAAUGAGACUCCUCAGGUCGAGCUUGGUUAUCUUUACGGCGCGUCCGAUGAUGAGCUUGGUCUGCCGCCGACGGGAGGUUUGAGUACUGAUGGGAAGAGGAUGGAGGCUAUUGAUUUUAUGCCUGCUGCUUCUUCUCCUCCUGGUGUAUUUGAGUUGGAUGGGAACGUAGGGUUUGAAGAUGAGUUUCCGUGUUACGACUUGUUCGAGAUUGGAAUGGGGUUCUCCUCCGGCGCGGCGGAGGAGAAUGGGUUGGGCGGGGAGUUCGUUGCAUUGGGCGGUUUGUUUGAUUAUUCGGACGUGCCGUUUCGACCGGAGUCAUUGUCGGCUUUGUAGAGACGGUUUCGAGUGGGGGUCGUGGUUUUGAGUGUCUUUUUAGUGUUUGGUCGGACGACGUCGUUUCAAGUUUUUAGGUUGUAAAUUUGAAAGAACUAAAACACUAAUUUUACAAUAGAAAUGCCAAAUUUCAGAAAAUAAUUA